AUGAACAAUAUGUACAAAGACCAAGUACCAAGUAAAUCAAGUGCUAUCAGACUCGGUGGAAGUGGAGAAAAACAGAUGGAGGGUGCGGGUGUUGGCGCGCAGACCAUUGAAUUAAUAUUCGCCAUAAGAAAGGUCACCCCUUCAUCUCAAGCGUGUCCUCUUCUACCACUCGUGCGGCCUUUUCCACUUCCUCCUUCACCUCCUCCUUUCCUCUUCACCCUCCCCUAUAUCUCCCUCUUCCCCCCAUUUUCGUCCGACCGCAAUUCGUCCCGCCCAUUGUCAAUUCCUCCUCCACGGUUUGGUUGA